UUAAAGUUAAUGACAAUGGAUUUUGAGCUAUGAUAAGUGUACAUACCGAUCACCUCAAAUAAGUUUCAAUACUUGCACUUCAUACAAAUAAAGCAGCUUAUUCAAAAUGUACCAAAGAGGCAAUCAUAGAAAUAUGUUUUAAAUGGUUGCAAUGUACAGUCUUAUCAUAAAAAUAUGUGUUUAUGGUUUUGCUAUCUGUAUUGUUACUUCAACAGACUCUUUAACACUUUGCUUUGAGAAAAACUGUUACUCGUUUAUUUAUUGUGAUUUAGUAGAUGGUAAAGCAGUAUGUUCAUGUCCAUAUGGGUAUAAUUUACAAGCCGAUAAUAGAUCAUGUGUAUAUGAUUGGUGUUCAUGGAAAAGUUGCGAAUAUAUUUGCGAAGUUAUCUCUGAUCAGGCUAUAUGUUCUUGUCCAAAUGGAUUAUAUUUACAAGCAGAUGGCAUAACAUGCUCAGUUGACUAUUGUAAAGAAAAAAGUUGUGAAUACAAUUGCGAAAUGGCAUUUGGUCAGGCGGUUUGCUCAUGUCCAUAUGGAUCAUUUUUGCAGGCUGAUGGUAGAUCAUGUUCAUUCGACUAUUGUAAAGAAAAAAGUUGUGAAUACAAUUGCGAAAUGGCAUUUGGUCAGGCGGUUUGCUCAUGUCCAUAUUGGUCAUUUUUGCAGGCUGAUGGUAGAUCAUGUUCAUUCGAUUAUUGUAAAGAAAAAAAUUGUGAAUACAGUUGCGAAAUGGUAUCUGAUCAGGCAGUUUGCUUAUGUCCAUAUGGAUCAUUUUUGCAAGAUGAUGAUAAAUCAUGUUCAUUCGGUAAAAAACUGUCAGCUGGAUCAAUUGUUCUGAUUGUUUUUGGAGUUGCAUUCAUCUCGUUUUUACCUUUUUUUUUUGUGAUAUUUUAUCAUUACAACAAACGUUUCAAUAAAUUGGCACCUACUAUUGUGCGAUUUGACGCAGAAACUCAAAGUACGGUUGUACAGGGGCUGGCUCGAAAUCAAUAUGGUAAUGUCGACAUUUAGACAUUAUUUCGACAAUCCUCGUCCUUCAUAUGAGCUAGGAGUUAAUAACACAGGACAUUUCAAUAUGGCUAUCCUUGAGUUAACAGCUUAUGUAUGAAAUUUUAAACAAGUUCGCUAUCUUUUCUACGAAGUAUACGCAUAAAUUUAAUUUUAAUAAAAAUUAUAAUUUUAUCUUCUUUUUGAAAUCCACAACGCACUUGAAUUACUUUUAAUUAAAAGUUGACACAACAAACUUGUAAACUGAUUGUACUAUCAAAACGAAACUAUCACAACAAACUUGAAAACUGAUUGUACUAUCAAAACGAAACUAUCACAACAAACUUGAAAACUGAUUGUACUAUCAAAACGAAACUAUCACAACAAACUUGAAAACUGAUUGUACUAUCAAAACGAAACUAUCACAACAAACUUGGUAACUGAUUGUACUAUCAAAACGAAACUAUCACAACAAACUUGAAAACUGAUUGUACUAUCAAAACGAAACUAUCACAACAAACUUGAAAACUGAUUGUACUAUCAAAACAAAACUAUCACAACAAACUUGAAAACUGAUUGUACUAUCAAAACGAAACUAUCACAACAAACUUGGUAACUGAUUGUACUAUCAAAACGAAACUAUCACAACAAACUUGAAAACUGAUUGUACUAUCAAAACGAAACUAUCACAACAAACUUGAAAACUGAUUGUACUAUCAAAACAAAACUAUCACAACAAACUUGAAAACUGUACUAUCAAAACGAAAAUCACUAAUCUUUAAAUACGUUUAUUAUAAUCAAUUACUGUGAAUAAUUUGUAGCAUUUUUUUGUAAAUUGUGCAUUUUUGUUAUUCGAAAAAAUAUCAUAUACUUAUAUUGUAAA